UGUUUGGCUCUACUGCUACCGCUAUUCCCUCUUCGGCUCACCCCCAACCAUCCAGCGCAUUGUCCAGCUCUAGUCCAACUGGGACACAAAGCGGUAGCCAAGUGACCACCUCCGGCUCUGCUUGGGCAUUCGGCUCCGGUUCACAGUCUACGACGACAUCCUCCGUGACCCAGACGAGCUCCGCGACGACAUCCACCUUCUCAUCGGACUCUACUUCCACCACUUCGCUCUACGGAGCCUGGGGUACGGCCUCUAAUGGAGGGGGUGGAGGAUCAGGGGCAACUGCCACCGGACAAGGUGUCUCGCCUUCAUCCUCUUCGGGCAGCUCUGGCUCCGGCUCUGGCUCCGGCUCUGGUUCCGGCUCUGGCUCCCUCAGCAGCCAAACUAAAGGCAAGAUAGCUGGGGGUGUGGUUGGUGGUGUGGCUGCUGCUAUGUUCGUGUUCGUAAUUGUUGUCUGGCUGCUUCGCCGACGCAAGAAGAACAUCUUGCCGCCAUCUGGGGAUGCCCUCCCCGAGCCGGACACGACCGGGACAGCCGAAGGCUCUCUCCCGCGCUCCGCAGAGAUGACAUCGCGGCGGUCAAGCGACGACCCCCUGUUUACUGCGUCAUACUUUGCCCCGGCUUUCAUGAAGCGAUGGCGCCAGUCGCACAUGACGACACGCACCGACAGUACUCUGAGCUCCGAGCCCAGCGAACGCGGAUUCCAAAAGAUCUCCGGCCGGAAGAUUCCUUCAGUGCUGCAGUCAGGAGGAGACGGCUACGGCGGUGGAUAUGAACCGGGAUCCCCUACUGCGUCUGAGCCGAGCACGCUUUUUUCUCCAAGCUCACCAGUUCAGCCCCGGUCACCGCCAACACAACCGCCCGUAGCGACACCGUAUGGCAUGCCGUUGGAUACCAGCUAUACUCGAGAAGCGGCGGAGGUAGGAGGUGUUGUGGUGUUUCGACCAUCGCCAGCCCGCACACCAGUUACUGGGUCCGCCAAUGCCAGUCUGUCCAAUGAGCCAACCGGGCCGCGGGUCGUUUCGCAAGUCGGGGCGCUCUCUCCGACAAUGCCGAAGCGGCCUGAUGCGCUCGGACGAAGCCAUCCGAGCUUCGAUGGCAGUCGGGGCAGUCGGUUCACGGAGAGUAUAUGAAAGGUUCCCCGGGGAGGUGAGAGUAUAUAUUGGUGCUCUGUACAUACGUGGAGGAGUUAUACAUAGGGUUUCCGGGUGGUGUUCCCGGACUGGCGAUGGUGAUCAUGUCUGGAUUCUGUACUACUUGCUAGCCUGUUUCUUAUGGAUACCCCAAUUCAUUUUCUUUGCAUGUUUGUGUCGUUUGUGAGAGACUUGCGCUCAUCUACUGAUAAUUACAAUUGAAUAAUGUCUACUGUCCAGUCUGAAUUAGAACCCUACCUUUCAUUGCAACUGUGUCCUGACCCAUAGUUACAUGUGAGGCUUGCUGUUAUCAGCCGAUGACAUAAGAUGCCACCAACCAACCAGCGACGCGGCUUUAUCAUCCGCACCCGGCGAUCCCUU